GGUGAAACGAUUGACAUAUUGCAAAUUCUAGAAAGAUUUAUUAUUUGCAUUUAACUAAAGCGGCCGUUUCUGAAAUGCCGUAAACAUGCUUUGAAGUGUAGGAACAUUCAACGAUGGCUGGAGACAAGGGCAGACACAUACCGGUGAUGAUGAUGGUGGUGUUUGUGGUCCGGAUAAGCCUCAGCAGAGCACAAAUCGUCACAAUAAACAGGACUACAGAAGCGAACAGCACUAUGAUUCUUUCCCCGACAAGCGUGUCGUACAAUACAACACUAACACCAGCGCCGGAUGAAACAAGUACUGCAGCAACAGCGAUAUCACCAUCUUCUGUAGGCAAUAUGACGACUCUGGUUUCUUCUGUUAACUUGACGAGAUCUUCAUUGUCAACCACAUUGAUCCCAAGCACUAGCACGUCCAUUUUGUCUUACAAUACAACCGUUAUCGCAACACCAGACACAACAAGAUUUGUAACUUCAACGAUCUCAUCGUUUACUUUAAAUGUAAGUGCUAACCCGACGACAUCUUUGAUCCAGCAAAACAUCACGCUAAUCACAACAAAGGCUGUGAACGACACUCCGAGGACGACAUCAACAAGUGCGGUUGUCGGAACCAUGAUCACACCAUCACCCAAUAUUAAAAGCUACCCCUCAUUGAUGACGUUGGAAUUGGGUAAUUUUACAAGUGCAACAAGUGUUGUCUUUGACUCGACUUCCCACAAUGGAACUCCACUUGUACAAAGCAUCAGUGCCCUUACCUCACCAAACGUCAGAAUAAACAGGACUACAGAAGCGAACAGCGCUAUGAUUCUUUCCUCGACAAGCGUGUCGUACAAUACAACACUAACACCAGCGCCAGAUGCAGCAAGUACUGCACCAACAGCGAUUUCACCAUCUUCUGUAGGCAAUAUGACGACACUGGUUUCUUCUGUUAACUUGACGAGAUCUUCAUUGUCAACCACAUUGAUCCCAAGCAUUAGCACGUCUAUUUUGUCUUACAAUACAACCGUUAUCGCAACACCAGACACAACAAGAUUUGUAACUUCAACGAUCUCAUCGUUUACUUUAAAUGUAAGUGCUAACCCGACGACAUCUUUGAUCCAGCAAAACAUCACGCUAAUCACAACAAAGGCAGUGAACGACACUUCGAGGACGACAUCAACAAGUUCGGUUGUCGGAACCAUGAUCACACCAUCGCCCAAUAUUUGA